UUCUACCAGGACUCAGAAGGUGAGCGAGAAGAUGCGGAUGAAGAUGCUCAGGUAGUAGAGGGCUACGAUACUUUCAGUUCUGAGACUGAGGGCGAAGAUGAUGAGGCUGGCGCAAGACAAGAAGGAAGAGCAGGAGACGAGGAGAACAAAAAGAAAACCAGAAUAAGUAAGGCGCGAGCUCCUCGUUUCUUGAUUGAACUUCACGGAAUCCUAUAAGUAUAAUCUUUCAAGAAAAAGAAGAUUUGUGUACUUUCUGAGUAUUGAUGUUCUCUUCUCUACUCCCUCUCGUCCCGCUUCACUUAUAUCCUCAAUUCUUGUUUCUGUUUCAGUUUUUACUUGUUGUUGGAAGUUUCUCUUUCUUUUUCACGUGGAGAAAGCAAAGAACACGGACUGCUCGACCACGCACGUGAGUAUCUCCACUCUAACACCAAGCGCAAGGCGAGACUCGAUACGCGAGCCAAGCACACUGACGAGCAGAUGGCAGAGUUGAGAAAAGUAACCGCUGCCUGUGUCAAACCUAUUGUUAAGGCUAGGUCUUCAGUAUGAUCCUAUGAGUGUGGACUCCGCUGAGUAAAAUACCCCUCAAUUAUUACAUCCCUUUUCCCUCACUAUCGUCGUAGGCUCUUUUCCUAGUAGAAAAGAAGCCAGCACCAGGGAUCUUCUGAGGAACUUAAUUCCGUAAUCUCUAAUACUGGUCGCGCGGAUGUUGUCUCAAAGAUUGGGAAGGGUUUUGACUACAAUAGUACUACGGGACGGAGUGGCGGAACAUCAAUGGGGGAUGAUAGAAAGGCUCUAGUAUCUGACUCAUCUGGUGCAGAUGGUGAUGGAGCUGGUUGGAGAAGUACUAGUAGC